AUGGAUAACUUGUCUCAAAGCAGUAAAGCUUCUAAGCGUCAUUCCUCUACUCCAAUGAAGCAAAGGCGAAGUGGUUAUGAGCCAUCAGAUACAGAGACUGAAUGGCAAGAUCAUCAUAACCGAAAGAACAGAACAUCCAUGCUUGUUGAAGCAGAUAACAUGGUGUUCAAUUUGCCUAGAAACACUAGUCCUUUGAGACUUAACCGAAAGGUACCUGGAACAAGUCCCCUUCCAAGGAGACACAACAGCAGGUCUCCUUACAAGACAAGGAGAGAUGAUGGGCGAAAUGUUAGCCCCUUGUCGAAGUCAAAACAUGAGAAUCAGAGGCAUGUUUCUCCUUAUAAACCUGGAAGAGAGGACCAUAACUUGAUUACUGAAAUGGGAAAUGAUAACACUUCUGGCUUAUUUAGGAAGCAAAGUCGUAGAACUCCAAAAAGAGAGGGAAGAGCAACAAUAGGGCAGUUUCUUGAGGCUGGUAAAGGGAGAGACUAUAGCCGUCGAUCAGUGACUGCUCCACGACAAAGAGGGGAUCGGAGGACGCCGUCACCAAUCUCAAGGAGCAUGCUACACAAGCAAAGAACAGUUGGUGAAAUCAAUGAAAUGGUGGCCAAUGCAAUGAUUUCUAGAAGUCCUAUGUAUAAUGCUUGUAUGUUUGAAAGCACGGAGUCCAUUUCACCUGGUGAUAUCUUCUUUUCUCGUGAUGCUGGGGCCUCGCCAAUGCAAAACAAUGUGUUGCCAAAUAACGGAAGCUUUGGGAACCAUGUUCUCCCAAAGCCACCAAUGUUCGAACAAAAAGAUUUUUCUUCCCAUCAACGAAUGAGAGCUAAUGGAAAUGUUGAUCCAAAAGCUCGAGGGUUCUCAUCGAGUGCAGGCUUAAAGCUUAGCACUCAAAAUAGUGAGAUAAGUGAUAGUAGUGGGAGGAGGAGUAGUGUAAACUCUGGGAAGUUCACCGCAAAUAGACUAAAGGGACAAAGUGAGACAUGGUUUGCUUGCGUGAUGAGGAGAGGACCCUGCAGGACCUCAAAGAAAUCAUCAGAAAAGCAAGAUUUCGAUGAGGCCUCUUUCAUUGGGAAGGCAAUUGUAGUUGAAAAACUAAGGCAGUUUUGGGCUGAUAAAUAUCAACCAGCUUCUUUGGAUGGAUUCACCUGUCACAAGAAAGAAGCUCAGCUUCUGAAGCAACUUGUAUCCUAUGAAAGUUGUCUUCAUAUAUUGUUCAAAGGACCAUCUGGUUCUGGGAAAAGGGCACUAACAAUGGCUUUCCUGCGAGAAAUAUAUGGUGACCCUAGUUGGAAUGAGAAAAGGCCAAUGCAAGUUAUUGUUCCACUUGUUUCGAGUGCUCAUCAUGUGGAGCUUAAUGUCAACUUGGGAAAUGCUAAAUAUGCAUUAAUGGGAUUGGUCAAAGAAAUAAGCUCCUAUUAUGCAAUUACCCCUGAAACCAGCACUGCUAGUUUUAAGACAAACCACAAAGUUAUAGUUCUUCAUGAUGUUGACAAGGCACCAGAUAAUAUUCAUCACUUGAUAAAAUGGAUAAUGGACUGUCAUUCGGAUUCCUGUAAAUUCAUACUCUGCUGUGAAGAUGACAUAGAUAUCCUAGACUCAGUAACAAAUCGCUGCAAAGUUAUAAAAGUAGAUACCCCAGUAACACAUGAAAUCAUGGAGGUACUUAUUCAGAUAGCAAGGAAAGAGGAAUUUGAUCUAUCCAUGAAUUUUGCUUCUAAGAUUGCAUCCAAAUCAAAGCAAAACCUGAGGAAAGCAAUCAUGGCUCUUGAAGCCUGCAAAGCACACAACUAUCCUUUUGCUGAUGAUCAACCAAUCCCACUUGAAUGGGAAGAGGUUUUGACAGAACUCGCAUCAGAAAUCCUAGCUGAUCCAGCACAUAGAAGAUUAUGCAUUGUGCGAGGAAAGCUUCAAAAGCUUCUUGUGGAUUUUGUUCAUCCUAAACUGAUCCUCCAGAAGCUGGUAGAACAAUUUCUUAAUCACGUUGAAGCUGGUUUAAAAAGGGAACUCUAUUAUUGGCACGCUUACUAUGACAAGAGGCUACCAACAGGAACAAGUGCUCUGUUGAAAUUAGAAGAGUUUGUGGCCAAGUUUAUGGGGAUAUAUAGGAAGAGUUGGUACAAUUGUCAGCGUGUGUAA